AUGAACAAUCCAAGUGAUAAUAACCGUCACGCAAGCGUUGACAGCCAUGCGCUUGGUCGCAGGUGGACCAAACAGGAAGAUAGUUUAUUCAAUCGUGUGUUUGAUUCAACAGCCACGGAAAAUGAAAAAGUUAGAGUACGAUUUAAGAAACGCAGGUGGACGAAACAAGAAGAUGAAUUACUUUGUCUUUGUUAUGCUCUCCAUAGAAACGAAUGGUCGGUUAUUGCGGAAUAUAUGCAAGGAAGAAGCCCAAGAUCCUGUCGCGAAAGAUGGGCAAUUAUAACCGUCAAUUGGAGUCAAGAGGAGAUCGAAAAGUUGGAAAAAAAUGUCGAAAAAUAUGGAGAAAAUUGGAAACAAGUCGCCAAAGAUCUACCUGGAAAGACGUAUCGACAGGUCAAGGCAGCCAAACAAAAAAUUGAGUAA